AUGGGUUUCGGUGAUCUUCAAUCUCGCGACGGUCUUCUUCUUCUUAACAAUUUCCUUGCUGACAAAUCAUAUAUCGAAGGAUAUCGUCCAACACAAGGGGAUGUUGUCGUUUUCGAAGCAGUCAAGAAAGCUCCGUCGGCUGAUCUUGAAAACGCUCUUCGUUGGUACAAACACAUUGCAUCAUUCAACGAUGCUGAAAGAAAAAAAUUCGAAGGUGAACGUCAAUCAAUUGAUCAUUACGGACGUCAACACGGUCAAGAUAGCCAACAAAAACAUGAAUUCAAAUCUCUUUCGGUCAAUCCAGCUGAGAGAAAACCUGCAGCUGCUGCCGCUGAUGAUGACGAUGUUGAUCUCUUCGGUGAUGAAGAUGAAGAAGAAAGUGAACAAACCAAACAACGUUUAGCUGCUUAUGCUGCCAAGAAAGCAAACAAACCGGUUAUUGUCGCUAAGAGUACCAUCAUUCUUGAUGUUAAACCAUGGGACGAUGAAACUAACAUGGAAGAACUUGAAAAGAACGUUCGCUCAAUUGAAGUUGAUGGACUUCUCUGGGGUGCUUCUCGUUUCGUUCCACUUGCCUAUGGUAUCAAGAAAUUACAAAUUACAUGUGUAGUUGAAGACGAUAAAGUUGGUACGGAUCUUCUCGAAGAACGUAUUACAGCGUUCGAAGAUCAUGUUCAAUCCGUUGAUAUUGCUUCAUUUCAAAAAAUAUAA